UCAUGUUUGACAACAAGCCCGAGCCACUGAGAUUCUGAAGACUGUACUGUCUUUGCCAAGGCUACGUGUAUUUUGGGAAGCUAUUUUGCCCCCUAGACUCGUCCAACGAUGGCUAAAUUACAAUAUCUGAAUGUGUAUCUAACUGAGCGUUUGAUGCAAGCUGCCGAGGAGAUUCUUAGAGUGGUCGGAGACACAAUCUCUGAGUACCAGGAAGAAAUAGCCCGGACAAAGCGAGAAAACCAAUACCUGAAACGCCACUUGAUCACACCGGUCUUACCGGCUCCUCAGCCCAUUCUCUCUUGUGUCUCAGAGCAGCAAACUCCCCCUGAGCAACAGCGCUGUGAGCAGGAGUGGAGCCCAAGUCUGGGGCAGGAGGACACAGAGCACACACAGAUUAAAGAGGAACAGGGUGAACUCAGGACCCGUCAGGAGGUAGAGCAGAUUCAAGGGCCGGAGGCUGAUACCAAAGAAGACUCCAUAACCAUUCCUCUCUGUGUGAAAGGUGACUGUGAUCAGGAGCCACCUCAGUCCACACAUCUUCUCCAAACUGUGGAGAACAGAGAGAAGUACUCUCUACUGACCAACACAACUGGACAGAUCAAAACAGAACCUGAUGGAGAGGGCUAUGGAGUAUCACUAUCAGAACCAGCCAGUGACUCCCCUCAGUCUCAGCCCCUCUCUGCAGUAAAUCCAGACUGUUCUAGAACACAGAGUGAGAACACUGAAAGUGUUCCGAGAGAUCCAGAAAGGAGACCAGAGGACGACACACAGACACACUCAUGUACUCAGUGUGGUGCCGUGUUCUGUGAGCUUUCCCAACUGAAGGCACACAUGCUAUCCCACACAGUACCACACAGUGGUGACACUAGUCACAGGCAAAUCCUCUGCACAGUCUGUUGGAAGUCAUUCACAUCUACCAGUUACCUCAAGGUCCACCUGCGUUCUCACACUAAGGAUAAGCCCUUCCACUGUGGUGUGUGUGGCAAGAGCUUCAGCUACUCAGGCAGGUUCAGGGAGCACCAGCGCAUCCACACGGGGGAGAGACCAUACCGCUGCCACGUGUGUGGUAAACGCUUCAGCCAGUCAGUCCAUCUGAAGACCCACCUGAGGGUCCACACGGGGGAGAAACCCUACUCCUGUCCUGUCUGUGGGAAAGGAUUCAGUCAGUCCAGCCAUAUCAAGGGACACCUCAGAACUCACACCCGAGGAAGGUAGCACAAAGAUGCCUUGGAGUGGAAAGACCCUAUGAGGGGAUAGACAAAGCCUUUCCCUUGAGCAAUAUGGGAAGUCAUACUGAGGAGUCUAUGGUCUCAUUUCCAUGGCCUGUCUAGUUUGUUACUUCCCUGUCAAGAUAAAGGUUAAAUAAACUUGUUCUCAUAGUACCCAGCAUUUUGGAAGAGAAAGAGAUAGAACUGAAGAGAAGGAAUGUCUAAUUCUACAUUUAAUUGAAAGACUAGAGGACUAUAGAAUGUGUAAUGUUUUGCAGACUGAGGCACCUCAUGUCUGCAUUGAUUUGAGAGAGUUGCUUAAUAACAUGCUAUGAAAAUACUUGACUUGAACGCAUCCCCUUGUGGAUCAAUAUGUGACAUUAUGUUAGAGAGAAAUAUAAUGUUAAUUUCUUCCUCUUAAAUAUUUAAAUUGGAGCUGGUUGGUCUCCUUGCAAAUAAA